AUGCUGCUGCUAGCCAGAUGUCUUCUGGUGGUCCUCGCUUCCUCGCUGCUGCUGUGCCCCGGGCUGGCGUGCGGGCCCGGUAGGGGGUUUGGAAAGAGGCGGCACCCCAAAAAGCUGACCCCUUUAGCCUACAAGCAGUUUAUUCCCAACGUAGCCGAGAAGACCCUAGGGGCCAGCGGCAGAUACGAAGGGAAGAUCACAAGAAACUCCGAGCGAUUUAAGGAGCUCACCCCCAAUUACAACCCCGACAUCAUAUUUAAGGAUGAGGAAAACACGGGAGCAGACCGACUGAUGACUCAGAGGUGCAAAGACAAGCUAAAUGCCUUGGCCAUCUCUGUGAUGAACCAGUGGCCGGGCGUGAAGCUGCGAGUGACUGAGGGCUGGGAUGAGGACGGCCACCAUUCAGAGGAGUCUCUACACUACGAGGGCCGAGCAGUGGACAUCACCACGUCUGACCGGGACCGCAGCAAGUAUGGCAUGCUGGCUCGCCUGGCUGUGGAGGCUGGCUUCGACUGGGUCUACUAUGAGUCCAAAGCCCACAUCCACUGCUCCGUGAAAGCGGGUAAGCAAGUCUCCCGUGGCCUUUCUGCACCACCCUCCACCUCCAACCAUUCCCACCAGAAGGUCUGGAAGAAAAGGGGGAGGGGCAUAAAAGCCAUGAAAAGAGAGGAACGCUCUUGA